GCUUCAGCCAAUCUGAAGAUUGUAGCGUCUGAUUGGCUGGCGAUCUCAAACCAGGAAGGUCGAAGGAUAUUAUCAUAUGGAUUGUAAACAAGAUGUCGAGGAGAGGAUAGUGUACAAAUCAAACCUCCAAACAGGUUUAUUUGGCCUCCAGAAAGUCAUGAGCAGCUGUUCAACCAGCCUGGCUCCUGCUCGCAGCUUCGGCUCAGUCUGCAGCCCGCAGCUCACUUCUUCUCUAACACAGAUGUCCAGCAUGUUGGACACUGCUGCAGAACAAAUGAUGGUCCAUAAAGACUUCCAGGCAGCCUUUGACACAUGCGACAGAGGCCUGGACUGUCUCACCAACAUGGAGCAAGAGGACAACAGAUGUGGAGAGUUUAAAGCUGGCUUCUGCAUCUUAGGAAUUCAAGCACUGGCUGAGCUGAAUCAGUGGCAUGGUGUUCUCUCCUGGGUCCUGCAGCAGUAUAAGCACCAGGAGAAAAUACCAGCUAAAAUAAUGCAGAUGUGCAUACUUCUUUACUCCAAGGUGGGAGAGCCAGCCGUGAUGCAGGAGGCAGCCAGAGUUUGGUUACACUGCCUAUCCAACAGCAGAGUAUCAGGGUUCGGGACUGUGGCGGAGCUGUACCUGCUGCAUGUCCUCGUGCCUCUUGGACACAGAGAUGAGGCUCUGGAGCUGAUUGUCGGUGAGGUUGGAAGUGUUGCAUUCACAGAAGACCAGAGACAGACGGCACUGGACGUGGUCGAAGAAAAAGAGCAACAGAAUCAAGAACCGCCUCUAAAUCCCGGGACAAGUCCAAACUCUGAGAUCACUGCACAUCCUGUCUCAACUCAAGGAUCUGUAAUCCGUAAACUUGCAGCCAUGCUCAGAUUUCUCUACAGAAAACUGUUGGUGACUAGCUCUGGCUCAUUCCCUCUACGGAGACUCUUUCUGGCUGCCGUCCUUCUCUACAUGCUUUUUUUCCGAAUGGAUCCAGCUCUUUCGUCUUCAUUCAUGUGGAUUUCCAAACUUCUUGAACUGCUCAGACAGAUGUGGAGUGCCAUGUUUGCACCGUACUAUCAGGUUCUCACUCAGAGACUGUAAAAGACUGAAGAUCACAAAAUGUUUUGUAAAUCAUUUUCAUUCAUUUUUACUUUGUUGUGUUGGUAAGAGAAUAUGGUUUAGCUUAUUUUUCAAGUUUCAUCAAACCUGUUUAAACAUC